UAUGUCUUUAAGACAUUCCUGCAGUUUAACUAAUUGGUGUGUGUUACCUGGCUUCAUGGAUAGAUAGAGUUGGGUGUCAUCUGCAUAGGAGGAAAACAGAACAAAACUGGUCCUAGCACGGAACAUGCAUUUUACUUACUUAAUGUCAACCCAUCUGUCUAGCAGAGGGUGAUUUUACACUCACAAUUCUAAUGUAAUUAGUUCUUCAUUAUGUCCAAAUUUUACAAUUAAUGUGUCUCUUCCUUCUUCCAGCUGAUCAUCCCAUGGCAUCUCUCACACUGGUGGACAGGAGAGUUGUUCUGAGUGGUCUGUCUGGUGGAGGGUGGGGCUCGGCCGGAAAAUCCAUCCUAGGACCAGAACUGUUUCUGACCGGGUCUGGGUUUGAACCAGUCUCUGGGUCAGCAGAGUUGGAGGGUCAUCACAUCAUUGUGGCUGACACUCCAGGAGUCACAGGCAGAGAUACAGACGGAUGUCAGUUGGGUCAACGAUUCAGAAUCUAUGGGAGACCUGCUGAGACUGGACCUGGACCUGAACCCAGCUGUGUUUCCUUAAAGAGUGACCAGUCCAAAGAUUUUCCCAUUACCUUUAGAGGACAACAUCCCUCUACUGCAGAGAGAAUCUAUGGGAGACCUGCUGAACCUGGACCUGGACCUGAACCCAGCUGUGUUUCCUUAAAGAGUGACCAGUCCAAAGAUUUUCCCAUUACCUUUAGAGGACAACAUCCCUCUACUGCAGAGAGAGUUGAUCGGGAAAGCUCUGAGCUUCCCCAGUGGUCAGUCUUCCCAGCAGCAUCAAAUACAGCUGGACUCCAUAUUUAUGGUCUGUACAUGUGA